CGGAUUGCACUGGGCGGAGCAGGCCGCGAUUGGUUGCGCGGGCUUAGUAUCCGGCCCCGAAAGCACCGGUUUAGCGCAGAGUGCCACAGCAGCCCGAGAGGAUGAGCGGGAUGCCGAGACGGGACGGAGAGCUGUAGAAGUGCCGCGCACCAGCAGGAAGUUACUUUUUUUCACUUUCUGUUUGCAUCUGGGGACCGCGUUGCUCGCGACUUGGCGCCCGUAUGGCGUGCUGAGGGAGGCGGUGGUGGCGUAGGCGGCGGUGCAGGCGGGCCGCCAGCCUGGUGAGCAGGUGACCAUGGCGGUGGCGCUGGAGGCCGUUUGGCUGAGGGUAAAGAAUGUCUGCAAACAAAAUGGCCUCCUCAUCAUGUCUGUGCUGGCCGUUGUCAUCGGCUGCCUCCUGGGAUUCUUCCUCAGGACUAAGCGGCUCUCCGAGCAGGAAGUGAAAUAUUUCCAGUUUCCCGGUGAGCUACUGAUGAGGAUGCUGAAGAUGUUGAUUCUGCCUCUGGUCGUGUCCAGUUUGAUGUCGGGCCUGGCGGCGCUGGACGCCAAGUGCUCCAGUCGGCUAGGCCUGAUCACCGUGUCCUACUACCUGUGGACCACCUUCGUGGCCGUUAUCGUGGGCAUCGUCAUGGUAUCCGUCAUCCACCCGGGCGGCGCCGCCCAGAAGGAGGACUCAGAGGACAGCAGCAAGCCCAUCAUGAGCUCAGCCGACGCUCUGCUUGACCUCAUCCGGAACAUGUUCCCGGCCAAUCUGGUGCAGGCUACCUUUCAACAGUAUCGAACCAGCAGCCAGUACACAGUGCAGACCAAGCCCACGUUGGCCCAGACACCGUCCCAGUUGGUCACGAGGCGACCGCUGAUCUACGGCAUCCAGGACGACAACGGAAGUGACGUCCAGAACUUCUCACUGGACCUGACGCCGCCCCCCGACGUGCUGGUCAAAACCAAGGAGGGGACCAGUGACGGGAUGAAUGUCCUGGGCAUCGUCAUCUUCUCUGCCACCAUGGGCAUCAUGUUGGGCAGGAUGGGUCCAAACGGCAGCGCCUUGGUCAACUUCUGCCAGAGUUUGAAUGAGGCUGUGCUCAAAAUAGUCGCCAUCGUUAUUUGGUACUUCCCGUUCGGGAUCGUGUUCCUGGUGGCGGGCAAGAUCCUGGAGAUGAGCGACCCCUCGGCCAUGGGGAAGAAGUUGGGCUUCUACGCGGUCACGGUGGUCUUCGGCCUGGUGCUGCACGGCCUCUUCAUUCUGCCCGCCAUGUACUUCUUCAUCACCAAGAAGAGUCCCAUCGUCUACAUUCGUGGAAUCCUGCAGGCGCUCCUCAUAGCCCUGGCCACCUCAUCCAGCUCGGCCACGCUGCCUAUCACCUUCAAGUGCCUCCUGGAGAACAACCACAUCGAUCGGCGCAUCAUCCGCUUCGUUCUGCCCGUGGGCGCCACCAUCAACAUGGACGGCACAGCACUCUACGAGGCCGUGGCCGCCAUCUUUAUUGCGCAGGUUAACAACUAUGAGCUGGACUUUGGGCAGAUCAUCACCAUCAGCAUCACAGCCACAGCCGCCAGCAUCGGCGCGGCAGGCAUCCCCCAAGCGGGCCUGGUCACCAUGGUGAUCGUGCUCACCUCCGUUGGCCUGCCGACCGACGACAUCAGCCUCAUCAUCGCCGUCGAUUGGGCGCUAGAUCGAUUCCGCACCAUGGUCAACGUCAUGGGUGACGCCCUCGCCACCGGAAUCAUGGCCCACAUCUGCAGGAAGGACUUUAUCAAGGAAGGAGACGGGGUGCCGCUCAUGUGCGAGAGCCACACCGGCGCCGGCGUGGUGGCUCCACUCAUGAACUGCCACAACACCAACAGCAACUACCGGCUGCCGUCCAAGCACACACCGGUACAGCCCGAGGUGGCGCGCCUCAUGCAGCUGGAGGAGGGCUUGCGGGCCCCGCCCGACAGAAGAAAGCCGCGCGCCCCCCCGCAACAUCCCAGGAAGAACAAGGACCAUUGUGCAGUGGACAUGAAUGGCUUGGAGACCAAAGUGUGAAGAGCGCCACUCAAGGGACGGCGUCUGCCUCUGUCUUUGUUCUUGUUACCGACGAAGGAGGUCCAGCAGAAUGCUCGAUGUUCUUUGGGUGGACCGUAACUAGAACUAAAACCGGAACCAUAACUGGUCCCAGAUGGACCUUAUGAAUCCAUGAGAGACAACGUCAUGUUUGAUUCUGCCUUAAGACUCCUGGAGCUGUGACUAAGUCGCCAGUCCCGCGCACUGUUGAACUUCUCAACCAAAUUGUUAUUGCUCUUGGAAGUGAAAAAAAAAACAAAGCUUAAAAAAAGGUUACAUCGCUAAUUUGAUGGAGUCAUGCCACAUUCCGAAGAUGAAAACCCUUCGCAACUACCCAAUCAAAGUGCUUUGUCAACCCUUCCAUGUUCGCACAUCAGGCUUCUUUCAAUGGAAAAAACGGCUAACAACUAAAAGCUAACCAUUGCGCAUCAACCAAAAUAUGGGAAAAAAGGAGAACACCGUAAAAUGACUUUUUGGUCAUUCUCAUCAUCAUAAAAGCACAUUUUGGAAUCUUUUAAAAAUUGACAUAUGCGUAAUGACUUGUGAUGGUGAUCAUGUUUCUAUUUUUGACAUGGGGUCAAGGUCCCGAUAUGACAGCAAUCGUGCGGAGCUGCUCUCGGCCCCAGCUCAAGUUGAGAUGCUCACAUGCAGAUUAACACGCUCGCGCUCCUGACGUCAGAGCAGCAGUACCCGUGCAGUCGUGAUCCUUUGCAAACAGAUUUGUUGCUCUCCUUUAUGCCAGAUGGUGCGACUUGUCUGGAUUACAUUUUGUAGACAUGUUUGCAGGACCGUCUUCACCUUUUGGUCGAUGUUUUCUUUUCAAAUCUGUACCCCAGUUUUGGCGGAUUCUCACCUUUCUUAAAUAGAGUAGCCAGGCUCAACUGACUAAAAUGAGUUAGGAGCUUGGUCACAGUACCGUUGGACUCGUAACGUUUUAGUCGCACAUAUUGGGUAAAAAAAACAGCAAGGGCAUGGCGGUGGUA